UAUAUGACAUAACUUUCUUACACGUACUGCCAAAUGAUAACGUCAUGAUUUAAGCGAAGUAUUUUUCAAAUUUCUUCUGUGUAUCUGCUGUCAAAACAAGGAAAUAAGGUCCGUAACUGUGAUCAUCCGGAAAAUCGAUUGCUUAAAUAAAUAAAAAUGUGUCUUUCAUACGGGCCGCGGGAGCCGAUGUAUUUUGAGAACGCGCGUAGCCGCCGCAUCUUCAUCAGUAAGGUUUUAAUGAUAGUGGCCGUUAACUUGCUCAUAACCACGCUGAUAAUGACAUCUGUUGUCUUCAAUAUGGGGGCGAGGCGGUUCCUGCAGAAGCACUGGUACAUCGGGGUAAUCGGAAUAGGUGUUAUAGCUUUGAUUUCCUUUGUGGUGUGCUUCUGCCCCUUCGUGUUCCAAAAGUUCCCAUGCAAUUACAUCCUAUUGCUCAUCUAUGUGUUGGCCCAUGCCGCAGUGGUGUGCUGUGCUGCGGUUCGAUAUCAUCCGAGACUGGUUUUUAUAGCCUUGGGCAGUUGUGCCGGCAUUGUGGUGUUGCUGUGUCUGUUCGCCAGAUUUGCUCCUUGCGAUUUCACCGGAUGCUGGAUAUUUGUAUUCGUGUUUUCCUUAGUAGUUAUGAUCAUGGGAAUAGUGGCCAUUUUCAUCCCAAGCGUACGCAUUGCGUAUGCCUCUCUCGGAGUGCUCAUGUUCUGCAUGUAUGUGGUGAUUAAUAUCCAAAUGGUAAUUGGCGGCAGAACCCACCAAAACGAGUACGACGAGGAGGAUUAUAUCAUAGCAGCCAUGUCACUAUACAGCGACUUUGUAUUCCUCUUUCUAUUCUUACUGGACCUAUUUGGGUUGAUAGAUGUCUAACAAUAAAUAUGUUUUUGAAUUAUG